AUGUUAAAGCUUAAAAGUACUCAUUUUUUGCUGUUGAUACUACUAGUGAUAUGGGUCUUGACUUUUUAUUUACAAGAAAGAUACUUGACAGCCGCAACAAUUCUGAAAUGUCAAUGGCCGCAGUUGUCCACCUCACUGUCACAAACAAAUAUCUUGUUGAUUGCUGAUCCCCAGCUAAUAGAUAAUCAUACCUAUCCUGGUAGAAAUGAAUUAUUGUUAAAAUUGUCAAAACAUACUGUUGAUACGUAUAUAAAGAAAAACUAUAAUGAGUUACUUGAUCAAUUACAACCCAACUACAUAAUGUUCUUGGGUGAUUUGUUAGAUAAUGGAAGAGACGCUACAGAUGAAUAUUUUGCACAAGAAUACAAUCGCUUUAAGAGAAUCUUUAGACCGCUGGAUAAAAUGUUUUUGAAUGUACCGGGGAAUCAUGAUAUUGGAUUUGGCAAUGGGGUGAAAAUACCAAUGAGAACGCGAUUUGAAAAAUCUUUUGGUUCUGCAAAUACUGUUGUUGAUAUUGAUGGAGUUGAUUUUAUAAUACUAGAUACAUUAAGCAUAUCAAGCACUGACGAAACCAUCAACAAACAACUGAAAGACUUUUUGUACAGUAUUGCCAAAGAAAAAUCAAAACCAAGAAUACUACUUACACAUGUCCCGUUAUAUAGAGACCCUAACUUAUCGUGUGGACCAUUAAGAGAAUCCAAGACAUUUGAUGUUAAUGGGUAUGGGUACCAGUAUAAAAAUUCAGUGGAAGAAUCAUUGUCAAGAGAUAUCUUGAAUCAAAUUCAGCCAGAUAUAACAUUUACUGGAGACGAUCACGAUUAUUGUGAUAUUCAACAUGAAAAUGGAUACAGGGAAGUUACAGUUAAAUCAAUAAGCAUGGCAAUGGGCAAGAAAUAUCCUGCAGUACAAUUAUUGAGUAUUAAAAAUGAAGAUAAUUUCAAAAUGGAAACAGAAAUAUGUUUUUUACAAACCCCAUACAUCAAUGUUGCUAAUUAUGUGGUACUUGCAAUAGUUUCAGGUAUACUCAUCUUCUGGUGGAAUUUAAAAACAAAACUUACAAGAUAUACGUACACAUCUAUUUUGCCAUUGCAUGACGUUGUUAAUAUUCCAUUUGAACAUACCAAAAAGCUUCAUAGAUUUAUCAAAGAACAGGAUGACGAGCAUAUGGAACAGAAACAUUUAGACAUUUCGUUACCAACGUCAUCCUCCUCAAAUGCAUAUUCACUACCCAGCUCCAUACCCCAGUACACAUUUACACAAUCUUCAAGACCACAAUUUGUCACCAAAUUCAAUAAUACAAGACUAGGAAAAAUUUACAUAUUAAACAAGAGACGACUCUUUACAUUUAUAAAGAGAUACAGUUUAGUCAGUUUUUUCAAACAAAGUUUGAUGGUGGGUAUUCUGGUGGUCAGUAUUUACUACGUAGGAUUUGUGUUAACUUUGUAUUGA